UGUAAAUAGUUUACUCAUUCUAUUUUGCUCGAUAGUUUCAUUUACCCUAGACGAAACUAAAUUAGUAGAGAAUAACUAUGCGGUCUCGAUACACGACAUGGGAGAUCUAAUUUCCUCUGAGCAUUACUUGCUAAAUAUACUGCAGAACUUUACCAAUGAACUGCAAUCGAGAGUGGAUACAAUCGAAUACUAUUUGGAAAUGGUGGGCUACGAUGAAGAAGAGGAGCUGCCCACCGACCCCAUAGAGUCCUUUCGGCUCAUUCGUCGUCUCUACUCGGACUAUUCCAAUUGGGUGUGGUAUUUGGAGCAGCAGCCUUGGGAGACUUUUGUGGAACACAUAAUUGCUAUUGCUCCGAAAAUGCCAACGGAGAAGGACAUUGGGGAGGCCAUCAGGGGUUUCAAACUCAUUCAGAUGGUCUACUCCCUGCCAACUCGUGAAGUGGCCGAAGGAGUUUUGCAAAGCAUCCAUCAUAACACCUCGCUUAAUGCAAUGGAGUGCUAUACCAUUGCCAAGGAUAUGGCCAAGAACAACGAACUUAAGUUUGCCCGGGAGUGGUUAAAUGUGGGUGUGGAAAAGUACUUGGAGGACCGGGAAAAUGAGGCCUUGUACACCCAGCUUGGGGUACCCCUGGUCAGUUUGUAUGAGCUUUUUGUGGAGGUUGAAGAUGCACUAGGCUCUCGACACUUGGCCUUGAGUGAACUGCAAGCUGCCCUAAAGGAGUGGCCGGAGAAGGUCAGUCUAUCAAGGGCUCAAUCUCGUUUGGAAAUGAAAACUCGGAUCGGCAAGGAACCACAUAUAAAAAAAGAAAUCGAAAUUGGUGCCUAUCAGCAAUGCUGCUCCUCGGAGUGUCGACCCAAUACCAAACUCGUCUGCUUGUACAACUCCACUGCCUCACAUUUCCUGCGAUAUGCUCCUCUCAAGAUGGAAAUUCUGUCCCUCGAUCCCUAUAUGGUUCUUUAUCACGAUGUGGUCUCCGAAAGCGAUAUAGUCAGCAUUAAGAACCUGUCGAAGGGUGGUCUUCGGCGAACCAAAACCUUUGACGACAAGGGAGCCUUGAAGGAAGACCCGGGUCGCACCACCAAGGGUUUCUGGUUGAAUGAUGGGGAAGAAGUGGUCCAGAGAAUGGCCCGACUGACUCAGGACAUGACCAAUUUCGACCUCGAGAAAUCCGAGAGCUUUCAGCUAAUGAACUACGGAAUAGGCGGAUACUACGGCACCCAUUUCGACUUUUUGGGAUUCGCGAAGAAGGAAAGCGAUCACCCACCCGACCGCAUAGCCACAGUCGUGUUUUAUUUAAGCCAUGUGCCCCAAGGUGGAGCCACAAUAUUUCCGAAUCUUAAAGUCUCGGUUUUCCCCAAGAAGGGCUCUGCACUUCUGUGGUACAAUCUUGAUCACAAGGGGGUUGGCGAUAGAAGGACCGCGCACUCAGCUUGUCCCACCAUAGUGGGUUCUAGAUGGGUUAUGACCAAGUGGAUAAGGGAAGACAAGCAAGUUUUCAGAAGGCCCUGCUUGAAGAGCAUUUAGUUUAAGAGUGGGGCUAGAUAUUCAUCGUUUAAAUAUGGUAAUAAGUCUUAAGUAAGCCAAAUUGAUUUGUGCCUGCAAUUAAAAAUGAAAUUUAUCACGCCUCUUU